AUGCCUGCUCAUAUUGACCGCGAGCAGAAAGGAGAACAGCAGUUUGUCCUUUUCAAACAGAGAGCGACAUACAUUGCAGUACAAGGAAUAAGUCAGGUACGUUCGCAGAUUUGCCAGGCGUUGAUCCAAGUCCUCCGAUUUCUCGGAAUUAUCGAUACCCAUAAUGAAAAGGUUGAUGAACCAGAAACGAAACUCAUUCGAGUAUUCAACCACCGAAUCACCCAAUUUGAUGCACAACGCACCACCUUGUUUGAACGUCUGUUUCAAGAGCAACGGUUCCAGGAUUGGAUCCAGCUCCUCGCCAACGCCCUCCAGCAAAACUGGAGUGCCAAAUUGUAUACAGUUCUCCAGAGUUCGUACAAAAUCACUGUCCGUGAAUUUGAUCACUUGCAAAUUGUUCUUCUUCUCCAUAUUCUUCACCCAUCUGUUCGCUUGACUCGUCGGAUCAAUCAUCAGAGGCCAUCGGCGUGCAUUACUAAUCAGAACGUCAAACGACCGUUGCAAUAUCCGUAUGAUGGUCCGUUUAAAGUCAUUUCUCGCAAGGACAAGUACUUUGUGAUUGAGAGGAACGGAAAACCGGACUCCGUCAGUAUCGACAGACUCAAAGUUGCAUUCAUCGAUGACGAAUCUCACUCAGAUCCCCCUACUGUAGUCACUCCACCCACAAGUUCCCAGACCUCCAGUACAGCCAUCCCAGGGAACCCCGAACAUAUAGCACGACGUAUUGACGAUCACCCGUUACCUAUCCUGAAGCAAACACGUAACCGAUCACAAGCGGUCACCACAAAGAGAGGUGUUCGUUGUGAUGGAGUAUGUCGUGUGGGGGCGAUGGUGGUGGGCUCAGAUGAAAGAUAUCCUUGGUUGGCUAGCAUGUUGCUAGUCCACAAACCGAAGUACGAAACCUUGGAAUUCGUCAACUUGUCGUCGGUACGCCUCCAACUCUUCCAGGAAGCGUUCUCUUCUGUAUCGCAACCCAAUUUCAAACUCUUCGCGUUUGAUUUGAGCGGUUCGGCGAUUCUCUUCAAAUACAUCUUCCAUUCGCAUGUGCCACUCAAAGACUUGACUGUUGAUGCGCAUAUCGGAUGGGUUCAGCUGGGCGUGAUCCAUCAGGAACAACAGACGGUCUCUGGACUGGUCCAAUUUACGCUCCAAAUCAUGCAUUGUCACCUUCUCAGUAUGAUUGACGAAUUCGGUGAGUUGCAUCAUAUGUGUAAUAUCGGUUGGUAUACAAUUGGACCAAAGGCAUUAAGGACGCAUUCACCAGUCAGCCAUCGAAAACAGCCGCUUGCUGCGACCACCUGGCGUACUCUCCCGGAUAACGGUGUCCUGGAAGAGCCUCUAGGCGCAACGAGAACGAAUUUUGGGCUCAUGGACGAUUACUUGGAACGUGAACACUUCAGGAACAAAGCAUAUCAAAGCGCAACAAAAAUCACACUCUCAGCCGCACAUGAGGACAAGCAGAACGAAAAGCCUCCCGGGAAUAAUGGCGCUGCACGACAAAAGGAAGCCAUUUGA